CUCUAUAAAAAAAAAUAUUAUUAAUUUGGAUAAUUCAGUUAAUUUGAUUAAUCAAAAUUUAACUAAACCAACAAAAUUUGAAUAGGAAAUUUAAAAUUAUUCUUAUGAACAAUCUUUGCAAGGAUCUGAAGAAGGAAUUGUUUUCUAUUUUCAGUACAUUUUAUUCUUUUUUUUUUUUUAAUUAGGGAAGAGGUUCAGGGAAGGAAUCAAACUUUUGUCAUGAUAAAGAAGAUUUAUAGGAUCACACGUGGCGACGUCACAACCUUCACUUGAGCUCACCAGCUUGAGUCAAACCGCCGUUUGCUCAAGAGCAAUGAACAGGCAGAGUGCGAACUUCAUCUUUCUCCCUCAAAAUCUCUUCACAAAAUGAGCUUAUCGUCGCCAACCAGUUUCUUAAGACUCAAAUCCCGGAGCUUGAAUCUUCAUUUGUACUCUAAUAAUGGUAGCUUCAAUGGAGCUUUUGUGCUGUUUCCUAAAAGAGCGAGCUUUAAUUGCAAGAAAUUUUCUGUAUCCUGCUCUUCUUCCAUCUUCUCCUGACCCACUGUUAGUUAAGGCUGCAAGAGGGGAACCCAUAAUUCAGCCUCCAGCAUGGAUGAUGCACCAAGCAGGAAGGUAUAUGGCUGUUUACAGAAAGCUUGCAGAGAAGUACCCAUCCUUCGGAGAAAGGUCAGAGACAACUGAUCUUAUUGUGAAAAAUUCUUUGCAGCCUUGGGAAGCCUUCUCUCCGGAUGGAGUAAUAAUUUUUUUGGACAUACUUACACCGCUUCCUGCUUUUGGUGUCCCGUUUGACAUUGAACAAGUGAGAGGCCCUGUCAUUCAGAUACCUAUUAUUUCAGAGGAGUGCUUGAAGGCAUUGCAUCCAAUUGACCUGGAAAACUUCAUUUCAUUGGGGAGUCCCUAAAGAUUUUAAGUGGCACCAUUACAGCCAACAUGCUUUCAAAACUUGUAGACCUUUGGGAUCUGGAUCUUUCCAAUAAUAGUUUGCUGUCUUUGAGCAUUAAUGGCACUGGUGUCAACUAUUCCUUUCUGAAACUUUUGUCUUUAAGAUUCUCUUCUUGCAACAUUCACAAGUUCCCAAGUUUUUUAAGGAAGGCAGAGAGUUUGCUAAUAUUGGAUAUUUCCAAGAACAAGGUUUCUGGUCAAAUUCACAAAUGGGAAAUAGAAGGGAUGUCAUUGUUCAGAUUAAACCUUUCUUAUAACUUCUUGCAGUUGGCUUUCUUUCUUCCUUCAAGAAGAUCUAACAAAAUAAUGUGUGCAUGAACUUAAUUAGUUGGCAGCAGAAGCUGCAGGCAGUUGCCCUUUCUUUCUGUGAUUGUUAUGUCUUUUUAUGUGAAUUAUUAUUUCAUGUUCAAUGUUUGUUGAAAAUUUUGACUAAAAACAUAAUGUUUUU